AUGGCUUCUGUAUCCCUGAGCACUCGAGACCUCAACAUCCUGGAGAAGAUCCAGGAUCCCGAGUUUGACCCUUCGCAAGCGGUCCAGGUGGACGAGUCGUUGCCGAAAGAUCCCAAUGUCACAGAUGUCACCGAGUACGACCGCAUUGCGGGGGAAGAACGGCGGUUGGUAUUGACAGUGCAGCAAGCAGAGAUCCAGCUUGCUGGGCCGGGACCAAAGACCGGUCUCGAUCCUCGGAAGACAUAUGAAGAAUGCGUUGCAGGGUUGAGCGAGCUUGUCUCCACGAAUCCCUCGUAUGCCAGCGCCAGAAACAACCGAGCUCAGGCGACUCGGCGCCUAUAUGGUGAUGGCAUGCUUGUAUCGGGUCUGGAACCAUCCGACAGUCCGCUCAUUGCUGUGGGCGAUUCAGAGGAGAGGCGAUCAGCAGCUAGACGAACGCUUUCGGACCUCGAUGCCUGCAUUUCGCUUCUCACCCCGACAGGUUCUUAUCCACGCUUCUCUCGACAAGCCGCCAAAACCCUAUCAUCGGCACACACGCAAAGGGCGGCAAUUUACCAUCAGACCUCAAAGAUGCUGGCCAAAGGUGGUGUCCUGGAUGUCGACCCGGAAAGGACCGAGACUGGUUGGCAGAGAAUAGAUUUUGAAGAGGCCGCUUCGCGAGACUUCGCCUUGGGCGGAAGGUAUGGCAAUGAAGUGGCCAAGGGUCUCGCGGUCAGCACAAACCCAACGGCGAAGCUUUGCGGGCAGAUGGUGCGGGAGGCGAUGAAGAAAGAUAUCUCGAUGAGCCAGCCCAGCAGCCCGCUCAUGAAACAGGAGCAUGCAUACCUCAAACCAGCAUUGAUUGUCUCGGACGUUGAUCUGCCCUUCUCCUUCUCCUCGCGGUUGAUCCUCAUUGCUGCUGCGGACAGCCCAAUGAAGAGGGCAAAGACCGGGUCAGCGACCUUGCUGAUGAUAUCGAGAAGCGGCUUCAAGAUCCCCUUAUCGACGACCAGCAACCAACCACCCUUCAUACCCGUUGACGACCCGACCGACGCCAAAAUGAAGUUCCUCAAGGUUGGCCGUGUUGCCAUCAUCACCCGUGGCCGCUACGCCGGAAAGAAGGAGCUUGGGACCGAUGCAAUUGGGAUGCCAGACAUGUGCAGCCUUGGAUUGCAGAAGGCUGACUGGGUUCUUUUCUUUACCGCAAUUCAGGUCGUGAUCAUCCAGCCCGUCGACACCGGUAACAAGGCGCACCCCUACGGCCACGCUCUGGUCGCCGGCAUCGAGCGCUACCCCAGCAAGAUCACCCGCCGCAUGUCCAAGACACGACAGGAGAAGCGAUCCAAGAUCAAGCCCUUCGUCAAGGUCGUCAACUACAACCACCUGAUGCCCACCCGUUACACCCUGGAGCUCGAGGGCCUCAAGGGCGCCAUCACCUCCGACACCUUCAAGGAGGUCAGCCAGCGUGAGGACGCCAAGAAGACGGUCAAGAAGACUCUGGAGGAGCGGUACACGAGCGGAAAGAACAGGUGGUUCUUCACCCCUCUGAGAUUCUAG